AUGACAAACACAGAGAAGCAAACGGGGCUCUUGAAUGACUCCUCAGACCAUUCGUCUGUUCAUUCUAGAGACGAGAAGAUUCAAGCAGUGGUUUCGAUCACGGCGAACGAGAUCGCAGAUCGCGAUGCCUUGAUUACUACCAUCUUGUCUCCGGAUGGCAAAGAAGUGAAAAUCACCGGUGAUGUCGAUGAUGCUAUGAAGUUGGCAUUGAAGUCUCAGAAUGUCGUUUUGACUCCAGAAAAGGAUGCUAAGUUAUUGAGGAAGAUCGAUUUGAUGCUUUUCCCUAUCAUGUGUAUUAUUUAUUCUGUGCAAUUCAUGGACAAAAUUACCACAUCGAAUGCUGCUAUCAUGGGUCUUCAAACUGAUUUGAAAAUGCACGGUGAGCAAUACUCUUACGUUGGAUCUGCAUUUUAUUUCGGUUACCUUGGUGGAUUAUUCAUUUUGCCAUUCCUAAUGCAAAAGACCAAAAAAUUCAUGAAGAUGUUAACCAGCAUCAUCGUUAUCUGGGGUAUGGUCCUUGCUCUACACGCUGCUCCCUCUGUUAAUUACCCAUCGUUCAUCUUCUUGAGAUGUUUAUUGGGUUUUCUUGAAUCCGCCAUCACUCCUGCAUUCACCAUUAUCACAUCACAAUAUUGGAAGAAAGAAGAACAGUUCUCUAGAAUUACCUGCUGGUUCGGGUUCAACGGUCUUGGUAGUAUCUGGGGUGGUGCAAUUGCAUAUGGACUCUACAUUCAUAAAGAUUCUUACCCGCUUGCCGCUUGGAAAUUGGUGUUCAUUAUCACUGGUUGUAUCACAAUCGUCGUCGGAUUUAUUAUGAUGAUCCACUUGCCCGAUUCGCCAGAUAAAGCUUGGUUCUUCAGCGAAGAGGAGAAGUUGUUACUUGUGGAGAGGAUUAGAGAGAAUCAACAGGGUUUCGGUAACCACCAUAUUAAGAAAUAUCAAAUUGUCGAAGCAUUCAAGGAUGUUAGAACUUGGUUGUACUUCCUUUUCUCCGUAUCAUCCAAUAUUCCAAAUGGUGGUAUCACUAAUUUCUCCUCGAUCUUACUAAAAGAAGACUUCCAAUUUAGUACCGAUAAGAGUUUAUUAGUCAACAUGGGUUCCGGUGCGGUUGAAUUGGUUGGUUGUCCAUUAUUUGGGAUGUUAUCCUUUUGGUGUUUGAAGCGUAAAUAUAAGGUCGUUGGGUCAAGAUUGGCCUGGGCAUUCUUUGCUACCGCUAUAUGUUUCAUGGGUGUUUGUAUGCUUGCCUUUGCUAAGCAUGAUAAGAGUGCAAGGUUAGCCGGUCUAAUGUUAUUUGGUAUCUCUCCAGUCUCCUUCAUUUGUGUCUUGUCCUGCAUCUCUUCCAAUACCUUAGGUUUCACGAAAAAAUGGACAGUUUCCUCUAUCAAUUUGUUGGCUUAUGCAAGUGCCAACAUUGCAGGUCCACAUACAUUCAUUGCUACUCAGGCUCCUAGCUAUACUGGGGCAAAGAUUUCAUUAGUGGUCAACUAUGCAGCAGCGAUGGUCAUUAUCGUUCUUAUUUACAUCGUCAAUGCCAGAGAAAACAAGAGAAGAGACAAGAUUGAAGCAGAAAGAACUCAUGAACAAGUGGUGGAGAACAUUGAGUUCGCUGAUCUAACAGAUUUCGAGAAUUUGAAAUUCAGGUACGCAAUCUAA